GGCUUUCCUCUCUUCAUUUUCUUAUGUCCUAUUUCUGUCAUGUUCUGUCCUGUUUUCCUGCCAAUGGAAGAACUAUGAUAAGUUUAUUCAUAGCAAUGUGAUAACAACUUGAUCUUAAUCAUACACUGUAGCCCUCAAAUCGUGUAUUAUGCUGGCUUGUUUUUGGUGUCGCUAGUAAUUUCAUCAGAGUGUGAGCUCCUUGGGAGCAGAGACCAUGUUUAUUUGAAAUGGUGGCAGCACAGUUCCAAGCAGGUCCUUGUAUUUUGGUAGAUAUUCAAUAAUUAUUUUUCGGCUUAUUAAUCUUUGCUCUCCAAACUGCCAUAUAAAAGAAAACAUCAAAGAGGAGUGAUGUUUUACACCCAAGAGUGGAUCUCUCCCGGUAGAAUUUCAAAUAAUGACCUGGGGUUCCACUGCCUUUCAAAUCUGUAGUGUGUUAACUACCACCUGCAUUGUUUAUACAGCAAGUAGGUGAUUUCUCGAAUGAAUCUUUUCUUGAGUAUGAAUUAACCUCAAAGUUUAGAAGGAACUAUAUUUCUUCUGAUGAGAAAGUCAAAUGGCAUCAUCAAAGUACUUUUAGCUAUAGAGGUACUGUGUUAGAGAAAGAACACAAGCAAUAUGGAUUAUUGCCUUUAAUAUAUAUUCUUUGGCAGAUAACAUAGCUAUGUGUGUGCAUCUUAUAUUAACCAUGAAAUACAAAGAUGUGAUAGUAUUGAUCAUCUUCAUUCACUUAUUUAAUGCUUUCUGUUUGGAGUCUCUGUUUUUCUCUUUGCUUAAAGGUAAGGUAUCGUUACAGAACCUCGAUAAAAUUCUCAUUUCAGGAAAUUAAGUAUAUAUUCAACAUAUACAGAAGUAACAUUCAUUAGCACGGAUUCUCUUUUGAGUAGAUUCUAAAGACCAAGAGGUAUCUUACCCAUCAAACUAGCUUUCCUUCACAUCUCUUCCGAGGUUCACUCACCUUUUCCCUCCGUUAUCAUUCUUCCCUUCCCAGCUAAUAUAGUAAAACUACCUACAAUUUAAAAAGAAGAGCCAAACAUAUUCAAAUUGUCUUUCCUUUUCAGUAACAGAAUUUUUUACCUUACUGAGAUAAAUGGUCAUUUUGAAAUAUGAGAGACCCUGGCAAUUUGGCAAUUGGUCCAAUGAAACCUGAUUUAUUUUGUUUAAAUAAAAGAUGCUGCCUCAGGCAUUCAAAUUCUGCAGUUUUCCAAAAUAUUUUUCUCAUCAGAGACUACCUUUCUUUGAAAUUUUACUUUUGGGCUCACUGGGGACUCCUUUAAAUUUUGCGAUGGGUGUUAUUAAUAAGAUGAUAGAGGGAAGUCUGCAAAUAUUCUUUUCUUGCCUAGUGGAUAAUAAUUUCCAGAAGUUUCUGGCCUAACUCAUGUGCAGUAAAAUUCAGUUACAUAAUUUUUUUAAAAAGCAUAUUUGUAAACUCUAAACCAUUUUAAUGGUUAUUUUUCUGAAACUAAAAUACAGCAUGAAUGAGAGAUAAAAAUAACGAUUUUUAAAGGCUUAAUUUUUGCUAUCUUGUACAAAUGUGAUAUUGGCAGCAGUCAUUGUGUGGCACUGGACGGGGAAUCAAGAGACCCGGUUUCUAAUUCCUGCUCUGUCACUAACAAGCUGCGUGAUCUUCGAAGCUUAAGUGAAAAUGAUACAUGUUAGAAGACAUGAAACAAGGAAAAAUUCCAAGAGUCACGUGCCUGAGCAGAAAUCUCGAGUUGAUUGGAGGCGAACUAAAAGAAGUAGUAUCUCACAAUUACUUGAUAGUGAUGAAGAGCUUGAUAGUGAAGAAUUUGAUAGUGAUGAAGAGCUUGAUAGUGAUGAAGAGCUUGAUAGUGAUGAAAGUGUUGAUAAUUACAAAAGUUUUGAAAAUGAUGAAGAGCUUGAUAGUAACAAGGGACUUGAUUGUAAUAAAACACCAGGAAGUGAAAGAGAGCUUAACUUAAGUAAAAUUGAAAGUGAAGGAAACGACAGUAAGUGUCUCAUUAACUCUGGCAACACAACAUAUGAGGAAGAAACGAACAAAAUCAAACAUAGGAAUAUUGACUUACAAGAUCAGGAAAAACAUUUAAGUCAAGAGGAUAAUGAUCUCAACAAACAAACUGGACAAAUAAUAGAGGAUGAUCAGGAAAAACAUUUAAGUCAAGAGGAUAAUGAUCUCAACAAACAAACUGGACAAACAAUAGAGGAUGAUUUAGAAGAAGAAGACAUCAAGCGAGGAAAAAGAAAAAGGCUGUCCUCUGUGAUGUGUGACAGUGAUGAGAGUGAUGACAGCGAUAUUCUAGUUAGAAAAGUAGGUGUUAAACGUCCCCGUAGAGUGGUUGAAGAUGAAGGUUCUUCAGUGGAAAUGGAGCAAAAGACUCCUGAAAAAACAUUAGCUGCACGAAAGCGAGAACAACUUCAGAAGCUCAAAGAACUCUCAAAACAAAGAUCUCGUCAGAGACGCAAUAGUGGUAGAGAUUUUGAGGACUCUGAAAAGGAAUCUUGCCCAAGCAGUGAUGAAGAUAAUGAGGAGGAAGAAGAGGAUGAUUAUGAAUCUGAUGAAGAUGGAGAUGAUUAUAUUAUCGAUGACUUUGUAGUGCAAGAUGAGGAGGGUGAUGAAGAGAAUAAAAACCAACAGGAAGAAAAAUUGACUACAUCACAACUGAAAUUAGUAAAACAGAAUUCUCUUUAUUCUUUUAGUGACCACUAUACUCAUUUUGAAAGAGUUGUGAAGGCUCUUCUGAUCAAUGCUUUAGAUAAAUCUUUUCUGGGAACAUUAUAUGAUGGCACAAGGCAAAAAUCAUAUGCAAAAGAUAUGCUAACAUCUCUUCAUUAUUUGGAUAACCGCUUUGUUCAGCCUCGUCUAGAGAGCUUAGUAUCUAGAAGUCGUUGGAAAGAGCAAUAUAAGGAGCGAGUAGAAAAUUACUCUACUGUAAGUAUUCAUUUGAAGAAUCCUGAAAACUGUUCCUGCCAGGCUUGUGGACUGCAUCGCUGCUGUAGAUAUUCAGUGCAUUUAUCAGGAGAGUUGUAUAACACCAGGACCAUGAAAAUAGAUAAUUUCAUGUCACAUGAUAAACAGGUGUUCACUGUUGGCAGAAUUUGUGCCAACCGUACCAGAAUUUAUCAUAAACUGAAACAUUUUAAAUUCAAACUGUACCAGGAAUGUUGCACCAUUGCAAAGACAGAAAAAGAUGAACAAGUUAAAGAAACAGUGGAAAGAAUUUUCAGGCAGUCAAAAGAAAAUGGCUGGAUUAAGAAGAAAUAUGGUCAACUUGAAGAAUAUCUCAAUUUUGCGGAUUACUUUCAAGAAGAGAAGUUUGAGUUGUAACACAUUUCCGUCAGAGAAGGUUUUUUAAAUUCCUGUAAAUGUGAAGAUCAUGAUUCUUGUUUUUCUGUAUCAUGUGACAUGUUUAUACAUUUUAUCUAUAUCUUCAUGGCAAAAUAUUUUGUUUAAAACAUGAUUAUCUUAAUUCCUAUGAAGUGGCACUCUACACUCUAAUUAAACUUUUAUCUGAUGUACAUAAAAGCAUUAUCUUAAUUUUUAAGUCUGUAAAUAUAUUUUAAAGUUAUAUAAUAAUGGCUUUAUAACAGAUGACUGUCAAGUGAAUGAGCUGUUCAUAUCCUGUCAGUUUAGUCAAAAUAUAUUGUGUUUUAAAAAUGUAUUUAGACUAACAUCUACAUGUAUUUUUACUGAAUUCCUGUCCAGAUCUGUUUAUUAUCCUUUUACAGUAUUAAAUGAUUUUCACGAAUUUAUUUUUUACUGCUAUCAUCUAAAUCAGUGGGCCAUGGAAGAAACCUCAAUAUACCAUUCAGUUCAAUCCCAUUGCUUCAGAAUCAGAUCAUAGCAUAUCCUAAGUACAGGAAUGCUUUUUUCCUUUUCUUGAAAGUUUCUCUUUCAAAUAGAUUUCAGGCCUCUAGAGUCAUUCAACCCUCACAUUCAGGAAUAAUUUUAUGUAAAUUUUCAUGCUUUAUAAUGUUCUUACUUUUUUCUAUUCAAUUUUGUCUAUAUGUUGAUGAUUAAGAUAUAUUUUAUUUAUUUUUAUCCAUAGCUUUUUCCAUAUAAGUAUGUAUCUUAGGGUCAGACCUGCUGAAAGAGACAAACUCAGCCAAAAACACUUGGAAAGCAUAUUUUGGUAUCUGCAUUGCUUUGCACAUCUAAAUUUUCCCAUAAAGUAAUAAAGUAAAAUGGUUGCAGAGUGAACAAAUGAA